UCCACCUAAAGAUGCUCAAAAAGUCGGCUGUUAGUCAACUAUAACAAAAACCUCCUCCCCUCUAGAGACUACCAAUUUGAGCUUCACAAUAAAUUCUUCAAGAAAGGUGAAUCAAGAAGAAGAAAUCUCAGCAUCAUAAGCCAUGGAGAGCUGCUCUGAUUUGCCUGCAACAGCGAGAAAGCUGGAAGGCAAGGUGGCCGUCAUCACGGGAGGCGCCAGCGGCAUCGGCGAGUGCACAGCCAGGCUCUUCUGCCGGCACGGGGCCAAGGUGGUCAUCGCUGACAUCCAAGACGAGCUCGGGAAGUCGGUCUGCGACGAGCUUGGCCCUGCUGCUGCAUCCUUCGUCCACUGUGAUGUAACUAACGAGGACGACGUUAGCAACGCCGUGGACCACGCUGUCGCAAAGUUCGGAAAGCUCGAUAUCAUGUUCAACAAUGCUGGAAUCGGCGGGGCGCCGACCCACAACAUCCUGAAGUGCUCAAAAUCGGACUUCGAGCGCGUGCUGGCUGUGAACGCGGUGGGGCCCUUCCUGGGGACGAAGCACGCGGCGCGCGUGAUGAUCCCGGCGCGGCGCGGGGCCAUCAUCGCGACGUCGAGCCUCGCGGGCGUGGUGAGCGGCGCGGCGUCGCACGCCUACACGUGCGCGAAGAGCGCCGUGGCCGCGCUGACGAGGAACGCGGCGGCCGAGCUGGGGCGCCACGGCGUGCGCGUGAACUGCGUCUCCCCCGCCGCGCUCGCCACGCCGCUCGCCGAGCGCUACGUCGGCCUCCGGGGCGCGGACUUCGAGGCCGCCAUGGAGUCCGCCGCCGUCCUGAAGGGCGUGCGCCUGCGGCCGGACGACGUCGCCAACGCGGUGCUCUUCCUGGCCAGCGACGACGCCCGCUGCGUCAGCGGCCUUAAUCUCGUCAUCGACGGCGCCUUCUCCGUCGUCAACCCCUCCUUCGACCUCUUCAAGGACGUCGAAAAUCCGGCUUAAUUAAUUAAUUAAUUAUCAGACUGCUACUAGCUUUGCUGGUACCAAUCGAGUGCUAUUCGAUCUCUCAUCAGUCGGCUCUCGAGCCUAGUUUGGAUUCUUUUACCAAAGAGUGUACGUCUGCAUGCUUAAUUACUUUCUCUUUUUCUCUCAUGCUAUAAAAUAAUAGUCUUUAACUCUAAUAAAAAAGUAUGUAGAUUUGAUGGUUGUCGUCAUUUCGCAAGAGUUUUGAAUUUCUGGAAGCCCCCGUCGAAAUGUAAAAACAUGUGUAUUUGGACACCAUAUAUAUAUAUAUAUUUUCAAGCUA